CGGGUAUAAUAUUUAGAGUUAUGCAUUAAUUCCUUGAACCUGGUGCAGACAACGUAUUUAAUAGAAGAGAUGGAUAUAACAGCCCUCAAUGAAAUCAGCCAAGGGAACUUUGAUAACCUUCUCACAACUACCAUGCUGGUGGAAGGAAAGGAAUAUAAAAUAAAGAAAUUCAAACUGCAGGAUACGAAGUAUGGCACCCGGCUGGCGAUUUUUUUCGAGGAAGGUGGCUACUACUUUCUACCACAACGUUUCUCUGAAAAUAUUAAAAGCCGGAAGCAAGUAAAGGAACUCGACCAGAUUGAUCAUCAUUACUUUAUUUUCGAAGGGAAGGACGAGGCUAGAGGUGGUUUCUUGAAGCUGAAAUUUGUCCAAAAAGAUCAAUAAAUAAAUAAAUGUU